UUGGUAAGCAAAAGUGUAAAAAAUUAUAUUUCUUGUUCAUUAGAAAACAAAAAUGGUCAAAAUGGUCUAGUGAAAAAUUAUAUGCUAGUAAUGGAAUACGCUAAUGGUGGUACUCUCAAAGAAUAUUUGAAGAAAAACUUUAAAAAUCUUAAUUGGGACGAUAAAUAUAAUUUGGCAUACCAAUUGUCCUGUGGUAUAUCAUGCUUACACAAUGAAGGAAUAGUGCAUCAUGAUUUGCACUCUUGCAAUGUGUUAGUUCAUCGAGAUACUAUAAAGCUGACUGAUUUUGGUUUGUCAGAAAGAAUCGGUACAUCAUCUGCAUCGUCUAAACAAUCAGAUUUAUAUGGAAGUAUUCCUUAUAUUGAUCCAGUAAAAUUUAGAGAAAAAAAGUGUUCUUUAAAUGAAAAAAGUGACGUUUACAGUACUGGUGUGUUAUUAUGGGAGAUAUCGAGCGGACAGCCUCCUUUUUAUUCUGAAAAAUAUGAUUGUCAUUUGAUUAUAAAUAUUUUGAAAGGCGUGAGAGAAGAACCUACGCCCGAUACGCCUGAAGAUUACGUUAAAAUUUACACUGAAUGUUGGGAUGGUGAGCCAGAUAAUCGUCCAACUAUCAAUCAAGUAAUGGAAAGGUUAGAAAUAACUAUAAAAAAACCAAACAUAAUGACAGAAAAUUGUCAGACGGAAAAUUUUCAAUUAUCAAUAUCAGAUAAACAAGAACUUAUGGCAUCAUCGGCAUCAUCAGUUUCUGGACUAAGUGAUAAUUUAUCACAUGGAGAAUUAUCUCAAAUUAUUCAAAAUUUUGAUAAAAUGCAAUCAAACGAAAUAGAUCCUAUAACAUCAACUGAUGAACUUUCAUCUAAAAUGAGUUUAAGUAAUGAAAUAAUACUAGAAGAAUUGCAAAAUUUUCAAGAUAAUUUCUCAAAAGUUGUUUCUCAUAAGAAAUUUCUUGCUUUAAUUAACGAAUUCGAAAAUAUUCUUGAUGAAGUCGAUGAAAUAGCACGAGAAGCUGAACAUAAUAAACAAAUUUGUGAAUUAUUUAGAGGACGAGUUUAUGAUAUGGAAUGUUAUUUUAAAUUAAUGUUUAGCCCAAAAAAUCGAGAUUGUCAAGUUGAUCAUUUUUCCAUUACACUGCAACCUAAUCGAUUAGAUUAUCGUAUUGUGACUCCUUUCUCAUUAUCUCAAGGAAAUACUAUUUUUUUUAAUUCACGUUCUAAAAAUGGCAUCAAAUUAAUUAAUUGGUCUUAUAAUUCUAUCAAAAUUGAAAUAAUUAAACCAAUUAUUAACGUUAAUGGAUCGAAAAAAGUUAAUUCGGUUUCAAAUGUAAUUCCUUAUAGUGGUGAUUACACAAUAGAUAUUUUUAACGUAUCUUCGGACUACCAAAACCCAAAAGUUGAUAAUGAAAAAGAGGUUGAAUAUUCUCUUGGUUUAAUUGGAUACAAUUUGACUAAAGAAAAUUUUGAUUCAAUAUACGUCAGUAUAAUGAAAUGGAUGAAAGAAUUUAUAGUAAAUAAAUAUUUUGAAUUAACAAAUAUCAAGAAAAAAAUUGCUAUUGAUCUCGUCAAUAUUCCUGAUAUAUAUUCAAUUGAUGAAUCUUGUUUGAACAUUAUGAAGCCAACAACAAAUUUAAAAGAAUUUUUAAUACCUAAUGACGGUAAACGCUGUGAUAAUAAUUCAAAUUAUGGAGAUUAUACAAUGAAAUAUAAGAUUUGUUUGAAUAAGAAUGACAUUGAACCUUCGGAAGAAUUUAAACAAGCUAUAGAACAAGCAAUCGAAGAUAUGAAACCACUUAUAUUUUUAAAAGAUUUAUUUGAUGAAUAUGGACUUUUUUUCCCGUUAAGUAUUAUCUUGGGAAAAUCUCUUAAAAAUACUUUACCAAACUCCUCUUUACCUUUUAAUUUCGAGAAUUUCGAGAAUCUCGAAAAAGUUGAUUUAGGAUCACCACCAUUUAGAUCUUUAAGAUCGUUCUUAAGAAAAGGAAUUUUUGUCAAAAUAAGUGAUUUAUCUGACUGGAUACGAAAUAUAGAUAAUAAUUUAGAAAUUAUCGAAUUUGACAAUGUAAUCCCUUUAUAUGAAAUCCUUGAAGCAGGACAACAGAGAAAAAUAGAUUAUAUUUUAAAUACAAAAGAUAAUUUCAAAAUUAUUAUGACGGGAUUUGCAGAUUUAAAAGAUUUUGAUAUUGACACUGAGAACGAAAAGAGAAUAAAUAUAGAUCCUACAUUAGAAGAUGGAAAUUAUGAAGUUUUUGGGUCAAUUAUUUCAAAAAAAAGUCAUAAAAAAUUAGAUGAAUUUUUUGUUACAUUUGAAUUGUAUGACUUUAGUGGAUUUUCUGCAAUAAUAAACAAAGUAUCGGAAACAAAUGCUAAUAUAAAAGAAUGUUAUAUUUUAUGGAUUAUUAUUGGAAAACCUUCGAGUUUAUCAGUAUUUAGCCCAAAAAAUCGAGAUUGUCAAGUUGAUUAUUUUUCCAUUACAUUACAACCUAGUCGAUUAGAAUAUCGUAUAGUGACUCCUUUCUCAUUAUCUCAAGGAAACACUGUUUUUUUUAAUUCACAUCUGUCAAAUUUUGAACCUAAUAAUGGCAUCAAAUUAGUAAAUUGGUCUUAUAAUUCUAUUAAAAUUGAAAUAAUUAAACCAAUUAUUAACGUUAAUGAAUUAAACAAAGUUUAUUCGGCUUCAAGUGUAAUUUCUAAUAGUCAUGAUUAUAAAAUAGAUAUACUUUGUAUAUCUUCAAAUUACAAAAACUUUAAAAUUGAUAACGAAAAAGAGGAUGAAGUUCCUAUCGAUUUAAUUGGAUACAAUUUAACUAAGGAAAAUUUUGUAAAAGAACUGAUGAUAAUUGUUCCGUUCACUAUUCCGUUUACGAAAUUUCUUCCUUUAAUUGAUGAAAUUAGAUAUAUUCUUAACGAAGUCAUUGAGAUAGCGCAAGUAGCUGAAUAUAAUAGAAGAAUUUGUAAUGCAUUAAUGCAACGAGUUUAUGCUGUAGACUUUGCCGUAUUUGAUCUUAAAGUUCAAAGAAAUAAUCAAGAAUAUUUUAAUGGAAAUAAUUAUCUACAUUUGCAAAAUUUAAUUACUAUUAUAACAAAUAUUAAAAAAUUUAUGAAAAAUAUUUCUCAAAUGAUAACUUUGUUAAAAUUAAAAUAUAUACUACCAGAAAAUAUAGAGAAAGCUCUUAAAGAAUUAUGCGGAGAUUUUGACGUUUGUAUAAUCAAAAUAGAUGCAACAAAUUUUACCACUACGAUCAAGGAUCAAAUUCGUCCCGAAGAAGAUGAACAAAACUUAAAAGCCGAUCAAGAUGAUUUAAAUAAAUAUUUUGGACAAAUAGUUGGAGUUGACGACAAAGACAAAGAAGAAAUGAUUUCAAAAAUCAAUAAAAUCAGUAUAAUGAAAAGUACAAUGGAAAAACUUUUGGAUAAGCAAAUGGAUAAUGAAUAUAACCAAAAAAAAUCUCAAUCAAAAAUCGAUGAAAUUUUUCAAGCACAUCAAUUAAUAUUUUCUGAUUACAAAAAAACUGACAAGAAACCACGUAAGGAUGGGAUUGUGACUAAAUGGGUUAGUGUUAAAAAUGAAGAAGAAGAAUAUGCAUUUAAAAGUAUAUCUGAGGAAAACAAAAUUAGCGUACAAAAUCAAGUUAUAAUUCUUAGGGAACUUCACAAUUGGCGGAAUAUAAUAAAAUUUUACGGUCUUACUAAUUAUGAAAAUAAAUGGUAUUUAGUAACUGAAUGGGCUGAACAUGGAAAUUUACGUGAAUUUUAUACAAAUAAUAAAAAUUCAUUUGAUACCAAGCUAAAAUUACGCGUAUCCCUCGAUAUUGCUCGUGGAUUGAAUUUUUUAAGAACUGUAGAGGUAAAAUAUUAAAUUUAUGUUAGUCGUUAUUUCAAUUAUUUUUUUUUUGAAAUUUUUUUUUUUAGAUUUUACAUCGUGAUAUUAGAGCUGAGAAUGUAUUGAUCACAAAUAAUAAUACAGCAAAACUUACGAAUUUUAAAUUAAGUCGUUCAUAUAAAGCAGAUACGCUGAAUCAAAGCCAUAAUUUAGAACAGAUUCGGUACUGCGCUCCUGAAAUAUUACAGAGGACUCCAGGCUUCAAAUACAAUAAUAAAUGUGAAGUUUAUAGCUU